GAUAAAUUUACUUGGACACGUGGGACAGCAUUGUCCAAGCGCUGGUGGCACUGGGUUGGAGCAAGGAGUACGGCAACGAAUAGAUGAUUCGGUGAUAACGCCUGCAAUACAGGGCUGAGGAUAGGUUCGCCUUCAGCAUCACACGUCUCAACGCUGCCUGAUGGUAAACAUACCGAUCGGCUAUGAUCUAUGAUCGCAUCGACUAGAACUAUAUCGAUCGCCAUCAAUCAACAGGGCUACGUUAACUGCGCGCGGUACCAUGGUUCGGGAAUACUUAUGAAUUGUGAGCGGCAGAAUAUAUAAGUACCUUAGCAGAAUACUUCUAGCAUCAGGUGGUCAUUAUGGGAAACUUCGUCACAUAACAGCUGGUUAUUGGUUCCCUAGCGACGUCGCAUUUAAAAUAUUCAAACAUAUCCAGGUACGUACAAGAUGGCGUUGAAUAUUCGAAGUUCAAGUAAACUUGUCAAUGUAUAAACCAUUUUCGUGAUUAUUCAUCAAACUUAAUUUUUUUUCAUCAAAUCAUUGACGAGUGUGCAAAUUGAAAUGUCAUCACGUAAAUCAGACUAUACUGCUACACCACAAUAUAAUUCAAGACAGUAAAUAUCGACUGCUUUUUGUGGAAAAAUCUCCGAUACAGCACCAUGGUUGGAAGGGCGUUUUCUGUUAAAAUAGAUCUUGACCUGCACGCUGUUACUUGUCCAGGAGUUUGGCUGUGUCCAAAUGGGAAAGUUGCCUUGCAAAUUAACAUUUUUGACUCGUGCAUAGCAACCCACAGAUUAACGCCCAUUUUCCCUCUGCUCUAUCACAAUAAAUUCACAUUUAAAAAAAUAUUUACCACCGUGACAACAUUGGCAGAACUGGAAAAAAAAUUGGCUGAAGAAUACAUUUUUGCUGAACUAAUUCAAUGCUCUCCCACAGCCAACAGGAAUGUGUCUCUGGCUACAUUUGAAACAAACUUAGUUGAUUUAUUAUAUCCAGUGCCUUGCUUUAAGGGUUUGUUAGCUGGAGUUGACGUCGAUUUGCUUAUGGAACCAUCAACAUUUUUCCCAGGUAUAUUAGCUCCAAAAAUUGAAGUGUCAACAAGAACUACAAUAGAGGAAGUUACAAAUUUUCAUGUCCGUUCUUCUGAUGGUCAUGUAAUAAAUCCUAAAAUUAUAAAUUCCAUGAAUCAGCGUUGCAUUCAUAAAAAAAAAGAUCCACCACCUAAACAAAGAAUUAUUAGACAAAAAAGAGUAUGUCAUACUGGCCAAGGCAAAUUAAAUAACUAUAUAUGCAGAUGUUGCCGUCGUCAAGGGACUACUGAGGAGGGCAAUUGCAAUUGCGACGCAUAUAAUGAUUCUCUACGAUCUUCCAAAGAUCAAUGUUAUUUAGCAACAUCUAAAAGAAGACAGAUAUGUAGUUGCACAUCACCAGUUAAGCUAACAUCUGCUCGAAAUUACAAUGUUUGCAAUGAUGCUCAUAUUCUUGAUAGUUGUCCAAUUUGUCUUAAAUAUAAAUGUUAUUUUUCUAAUAGAAAAAUUGAUGCAAAUAAUUUAUCUAAAUUAUGUGAUGUUACGAAUUGCCAAAAUCCUUAUAACAAACAUGUACAGAGCACAACUAAGCUUCUGAGUGGAAUGAAUUGUAACACUAUUAAAAACUGCAGGAAGAAUGUAUCAAAAUUUUCCAAUGACAUAGAUUCUCUCAAUUUACAAAAUGAUAUGAAGAGUAGUAAUCAUAAGUCAUGUGAUGGAGAUACAUGUUGUAAGUCUUCUUCUUUAGAAAAUUGUAAAAAUAGUUCUAUCUACAGAUCAAACAGUGCACCAUCGUUACAAGAUGAUCCAACUACAUCGAUUUUACUUGCAAAAAUGAGGCAACUAGAAAGAACAAAAGAAAGAUUAAAUUAUGCUAAUUGUGCCAACAGGUAUUCAGAUCAUAAUCUAUCCUGCAAAGAUGUACAAAAUAACGAGUCAAGGAAAGGAUUUUAUAAAAAUUUAGAAAAGUUUUAUAAAAGAAUGUAUAAACAGGCAAAACAACGUGCACAGGAUUUAAAUGAAACUUAAUUUUACAAUUCCAGUUUUUGUGAAAUUUGUUUCAUAGAUCUUAUUUAAGGAAAUCAUUAAUAGACUUUCAGUUGAACAUUUAUUUUCGACAUGUACCAAGUAUGUAUAUCUGGAUCUGUUUAUUCAACAAUUGCUACUUACAUAGUAAAAAAAUUAAUGAAUAAUUUACAAACGAAUAACAAAAAAUUACAAUGUUUGGAGAUAUUGUUUGAUUGAAGGCAAGAGGAAACUGUAAGAUAUAAAAUAUCAAAUCACCUUCAAUGCUAUGUACUAGUCAAUGACUUUAGUUUUAACUCUUACGAUUGUAUGAUUUUGAACUAUUUAAUUUUAAUUAGUUAUUUUUUGUAUGUUUCAUGAGACAGUUUUAAAAGCAGCUUUACAUGUAUUAAAUGUAUUUUUAAAGUAUUGUGUAUUUGCGCAGAAAUAUAUAAAAUCGUUUCUUUUCUUAA